GACGUCAGGAGGUGUAGGAAUUGACUGGGUUUUGGUGAGUCGUGCGAGGCCUUUGUGUGGUGGACCCACUGCUUAAGGGGGCAAUGAAGGUGAGGCUGCAUUCUAAGAUGUGGGUGUGUGUUUGGGAUGUCUUAUAACACAUCAAUCCCAGCUGCUCUAUAGCCCAGGUACACAUGCAUGCAAUGCCAGGACAGUAAUAGUGGGGAAUGGCUUGCUUUAAUGUUUAUGGAAGGUUUUUGUUUUUUUUCUCUUAAAGGGGCACUGUCAAUUCUUUCAUUUUAUGUUAGCCCAAUAAUGGCUAACUGCAAGUCAACAAUACAUUGUGCUUUUAUUGAUUUAUUUAUUAUUUAACUUUAGUAAGGGGGGGUUGGUCUUGUUUACAUUGUACACUGUAUCCUGGCACAGCCAGCAUAAGAUAUAUAUUUAUGUAGCCCAUACUGCUAUACAUACAGGUGCACCCAUGGCAUACCCCUACAACCAAUGCAACUGAAUUGCAAGUGCCCCAACAUUCAUGAGAGCUUCAGGUGCAGCAUGGGGUCAUGAUGUAGACCACACACACACAUACUUCUCUUUGUUGCACUUUUCAGUGGAUUCUCUGAUAGUAUUUAUUUAGCACAUUUUUAUUGCUUUUUACUUAUUUAGUUAUCAUACAUAGAGGUGGUUAUUAGUUAUGGACAUAGCCAAGUGCCACCAUAUAUUCUUGCAAUUCCUAGAUGCCUUCCUAUUAGAAAAUCUGCUGCUUUCCCUCCCCUGUCAACCCACGGUCAUCAAAAGGGUCUAUAUGAAGGACUGAGUGAAGUCCUGAGGUGUCUCCUGUUCUCUUGUCACACCAUUAUUCCACCAGCAUGAGAAUAUAGGAACAUUGUGUCUGAUAUUAAAGGGACACUAUAGUCACCCACACCACUUCGGCUCUUGGUGCCAGGUCCCUCAGGUUUUAACCCUUGAGAUGCAAACUGCUAUGUUUACAUUUGGGGUUAAUCCAGCCUCUAGUGGCUAUCUUCCGGACAGCCACUAGAGGCGCAUCUGCGACACCAAAUGCGAAUUUCGCAUCCAUCGCGCAGAGCUUCCAUAGGAAAGCAUUGAGAAAUGCUUUCCUAUGGACACUUUGAAUGCACGUGCGGCACUUGCCACGCAUGCGCAUUCUGCUCCACUGACGUCGGCGGGGGAGGAGAGGUCACCAGCGCCGAGGGUAUAUUUAGUUUAUAGAUCAUGCCUCUCAGGUUUCACUUCCAUUUUGGAGUUAAAUCACUUUUUCUGUUUAUGCAGCCCUUGUCACACCUCCCCUGGCUCUGAUUGACACAGCCUGCAUUGAAAAAAAAAAAACUGGAUUCACUUUGAAUCAGAUGUAAUUUACCUUAAAGGAUCUCUAACAGCCAUCUGAGGCGUAGCCAGUGAAGUUAUCACUAGGCUGUAAUAUAAACACUGCAUGUUCUCUGAAAAGACAGUGUUUACAACAAAAUGCCUAAAGGUAAUGUUUCUACUCACCAGAACAAUUUCAAUAAGCUGUAGUUGUUCUGGUGACUAUAGUGUCCCUUUAAACAAUUUUACCUCUUGCUUUGUAAAUUGAACUUUAAUCACAUACAGGAGACUCUUACAGGGUCUAGCAAGCUAUUAAUAUAGCAAGGGAUAAGAAAAUCUAAAUUAAACAGAAUUUGCAAUAAAGGAAGUGUAAACAGAUGAUGUUUUACAGGAAGUGUUUAGGAAGGCUGUGCAAGUCACAUACAGGAAGCUGUGACUAGGAUUCAUAAACAAAGUGAUUUAACUCCUAAAUGGCAGAUAAUUGAGCAUUUUGAUUUCAGGGGCAUGAUCUAUACACCAAAACUGUUUCAUUAAGCUAAAGUUGUUUUGGUGACUAUAGUGUCCCUUUAAUUACCAACCUCAGACUUCCAAGUAUGGUGGUGCUGUAAUGCUGGACAGGGGAUAAGUGUAUAACCUCUUCAAAAGCAAUUAUUAUAUUACUAUAUUGUCACUUUGAUAAAUAAUAUAUGUAUUGCUUUAUGAGCUGCUAUAUGGUAAGGUGAACCUGUCAUGACAGAUUGCUUUAAACAGGGAUUGUUCUAACUAAAACACCUUUGGCAACAAUCACAGCACUGCACACGAUGUCCAGCGUGGUUGGUAGUAAAGAGUGUUUUACUGUUUCAUGUGAAAGCAGUACAGGGAGACAAAAAAAAAAAAAACAGCCAGAGUAACAAUUGACACAUAAAAGAGCAACAUCAUGCCUUCUAAGAAUCAUUAUAUCAAAACAAAGGCGAGUUUAUAUUCCUAAAAUAUUAAAGGACCACUCUAGGCACCCAGACCACUUCAGCUUAAUGAAGUGGUCUGGGUGCCAGGUCCUUCUAGGGUUAACCCAUUUUUUUAUAAACAUAGCAGUUUCAGAGAAACUGCUAUGUUUAUUAAUGGGUUAAGCCUUCCCCCAAAGCCUCUAGUAGCUGUCUCAUUGACAGCCACUAGAGGCGCUUGCGUGCUUCUCACUGUGAUUUUCACAGUGAGAGCACGCUAGCGUCCAUAGGAAAGCAUUGUAAAUGCUUUCCUAUGCGACCGGCUGAAUGCGCGCGCGGCUCCUGCCGAUGACGUCGCGAGCAAGGAGGAGAGGAGGAGUACAGCUCCCCGCCCGGCGCUGGAGAAAGGUAAGUGUUUAACCCCUUCCUCUUUCCAGAGCCCGGCGGGAGGGGGUCCCUGAGGGUGGGGGCACCCUCAGGGCACUAUAGUGCCAGGAAAACGAGUAUGUUUUCCUGGCACUAUAGUGGUCCUUUAAGAAGACUAUUUCCCUUUCCUGAAAAAAAGCUCCCUAGAUUAAGGUUAAAGGAUCACUAUAGGGUCAGGAACACAAACAUGUAUUCAUGACCCUAUAGUGCUAAAACCACCAUCAACUCCCCCUGGGCCCCUCAUGCCUCCAUAAAUAUAGUAAAAUUUUUACUGUAUUCGAGCCUGAUGCUGUAACUCUGCAUGCUGUGUGCCUCAGAAAAAAAGCUGUCUGCUGACAUCAUCAGAAGUGGUGGCCUGAUCCAAUCACAAUGCUUCCCCAUAGGAUUGGCUCAGACUGACAAAGAGGCAGAUCAGGGGCAGAGCCAGCAUGAUUCAAACACAGCCCUGGCCAACCAGCAUCUCCUCAUAGAGAUGAAUUGAAUCAAUGAAUCUCUAUGAGGGAAGUCCAGUGUCUGCAUGCAGAGGAAGGAGAUACUGAAUGUUUGGAUGCAUUUUAGGCAGCCAUGACCCAGGAAGGAUCUCUAACACCUCUCUGAGGAGUGGCCAGUGAAGUUAUCACUAGGCUGUAAUGUAAACACUGCAUUUUCUCUGAAAAGACAGUGUUUACAGCAAAAAGCCUGAAGGUAAUGAUUCUACUCACCAGAACAAAUUCAAUAAGCUGUAGUUGUUCUGGUGACUAUCGUGUCCCUUUAAUAAGGUGCAGGCCGUAUGGCUCUGUUAAAAGUUACAAGCAAGGCAUCAAGAUUAUCACUGGAUUCCAGAUAUACAUUGCCAGAAGGUUUAAAUUGCAUUAUGCAAUGAAAGAAACAUGGUAGUGUCUAGGAAAAACGAAAAAGAAAGAAAACCAUUCUCCUAUGUUAAGGAGCCCUAUAGAAGAAGUUAUUAGUCAAAAACGAAAGUUUUAAAAGGACACUGUAAGCACCAAAACAAAUGCAUCUUAAUGUAAUGGCUUUGGUGCACAGAUGCUGUCCCUUUUCCUAAAUUUGCUAUUUCUGAGUAAUGAAGUGGAGCGUUGCAGGACUGAAUUACAGGUAAGUUUUAUGACUUUUUUUGUAAACUUUUUUAUUAUUAUUGUCAUCAUCAUUAAAAGGGAGCCACAAUCUACACUUAAAAAAAAAAAACUUCGGGGGGCAGGGCCUGAGCUACGAACUGAGCAGACGCAUGGUGUACAGGCUCCCGGCAAAAUGGCAGAUUUCUCGGGUAAAUCCCCCAAAAAAGAGCCUGCACUUGCACCGAAGGGCACUACCUCAGUUAGGGGAGCCCUGAUGAACCUCCGGAUACCUGCCAGACGGGUUGUGGCACAAUCGGUAUCCAGAAUGACCCUUCAUGGCCUGCGGAAGAUGGCGCAGGGGAGAGACGGCCGCUCUUCUCUGGCUAACUCUGGCGAAGCAGCACCACUUAGCUACUACCCCCCACCUAUGGACCGGUGGGAGUGAUCCCGGUCUGCCCCUGGGAGGCAACCCAGCAAGCUCAGGCCCAGAGGGUGAAGAAAUAUUCAAUAUUAAAUAUUAAUUUAUAUAUACGCUGCUAUCCCCUAAAGUGGUAUUAGAUUACUUUGCAGUUAUCUCCCACGGGGACCCACGUUUGCCUUACCUGGGAGGCCUCCUAGUGAUAAGCUACACUACACAAGUUUGCAUUAAACCUAUCAAUCUUUAUUAUUUUUCUUAUGCUACGCUACUCACAUGACAGGACUUGGUUAUUCUAGUUUUUCAUUUUUAAUUUAAUGCUGAGACAGACAGUCAGUCAGUCAGUCAAUCUAUACAACAUCCUCUCUGAAUGUUUAGGGCGACAGUGAAACGCCAACUAUAUUUCUUGGGGGAACACGAUGGGGGUGCUAAAGUAUUUUGCAAGAGCUCUGCUUCUCGGCAAACGGUCUUAAACAUAAAACGGUGUAACAUUAUCAGCUAAGCUCUGGCUAUACACUUUCUUUACACCAUACUGCCUUGAUAACUCACACUGCUCCUUAGCUCUUAAGAGUUGCCAUACUGAUUGCUAUUGGUACUAUUGGUAUGAUUUGCUAGUCUAUUGCCUAGCAUAGAUACAUAAAUGUCACCAUAUAGAUAAACUGGCGGUCUUUCUAGCCAGGUUGUUGAUAAUCUAGCAGCAUUGCUUGGAUUUUCUUGUAAUUCUCUUACAAUGGACUUGGCAUAAGCGACAACAUACUCUUGUUUAGUACACUAUCAAAAUGAGCAUUCUUCUUGACAUGCAUAACAAGCUUGCUCAAUGUCUUACUCAUGUCUAUAUUUCUUGCCUCUUGAAUGACUUAUACAAAAAAAAGUGCAAGCCUCUUAACAUGACCUGUUAUGUACAUGCAACUUACCUUCUCAUAUUAAUUAUUAAUGUCAUGAUGUAAACUGCUUGUGUCCCUUCUAUGCACUACUAAAAUAAAGAAUUAUAUUUAAAAAAAAAAAAAAACAACCUCUAUUUUUUUCUUUUUUAUAUAUAACUUUCCUUUAAGAAUAUAAUAGUGUAAAGAGUGCCACUGUGUGGGAGCCAACAGAAGUCUACCUGGAAACACUAGGCACCGUAAUCACAUUUAUGGAAAAAAAGAAAAUAACACUAGCUGCAUUAUCACAUUAAACUCUACCAACACACAGUGUGGCACUCAGAAUAUUAUGUGUCAGGUUAAAUCUGUAACCAGGGGGCGGGGCCUGAGCAUGGAGCGGAGAGGACGUUAUCAUCAGGAGUUCCUGCGACAAACAAAACGAUUUUUCACAACCUAAACGGCGAUCAAUCGUGGCACAAAGGCCACCAAAUCAGAGGGGACACCAAGCGGAACAUUAUGACACCAAUCAAGUGACAGGAAAAAGGCUAUCCGCUCGAGAAGUGUCAGAGGCCUACUCACAUGGCGGGCGCGGGAGGGACGGCCGCUAUCCCGCCGCCAAGACUUGCUACCUCGGAGUGCACGGCCCACUUUCCCUCCCCCUGGACCGGUGGGGGUCAUCCCGGUCUACCUACUCGCACAGAGUGCUCACCCUCGGGACGCUCUAGGGCGCAACCCCGACUGACAGAAAUCACGUGGCCCAACCAUGAUGGCUGACGACAAUACGCAAGGUCUGGCCCUGCAGAGCCAAGGGCACCCAAUUCGCUCACCUCUGCUGUCCACGGGCGCACUGGACACCGCCUUCGAGCGCUUCUGGGCAGAAUGGGAGGCCUGACAGACAGCGGCGGCGCUGGAGGCUCAGACAGCACGGGAGACUCGGAGGCAACAUGAAGGGGAGCGGCAGAGGCCCCAACCGGGUAAGACAGCUCCGAAAAUAGCAGCAGCUAAACUAGCACGUCCACCUAGGCAGAGACCCACCAGAAGAGCGGCAACAGCACAACACCCCCGCAGGCAGAGAGCCACAAGACGCCUUUAUCGGAGACUACCUCCACAAAACGGGCGGAAAGCCUUCAUCUGCUUCCCACACGGGAGGAGAGGGGACGCUCUGCAUCUGCCGACAGGUACUGAACACCGCAGAACAUCGCUCCGGCCUAACACCCAAAACAAAGGACGGGCAAACGAUAAGUAUCUGCCAAACGCCCCAAAGUACAACAGCAAUCCAAGGAAGUGGCACCCCCUAAACAGGCUAGCAUACCAGGCCACCAGGGUGGGCAUAGGAUGACUGAUAUAAACAAACGCGGGGACUUAUACCACCCACCAUGGUAGUAAUGUAAUACCCGACCGCACAACCCAUGAACAAUGACUCAAGUUCAAUUUUUAUUAUGACUUUCAGUGUUAUGGUUCAGAGUUUUUGUACCCUCAGUUCUUACUUUUAAUGCAUUAGCCGGACAGAUAUACCAGAUCACCAGCCUACUUAAGUGCUGUACUUCAUGCUGCUGCAGAAACAUUUUGGCUACGGAUGGACAUGAUGGGUCACACAGGGUCCUAAAACCAGUCCUUAUCGCAUGAUAGUUCACCAACUCUGUCCCAUUUUCCUACCGUAAAUGCAGCCACUGUUCUGUGUGAAUAUCAAACCAACCAACAGCACAAUUCCACAGCCACAAGGACUUACUAGCCAUCCACCUCACCCGCCGGAAACAGGGGAAAUGGCAUACAAAUUACACACAAAAAGGACGCUAUCCUCUUAUUUUUGUUUAACGUUAUGUGUGUUGCAGACGUUCAUCUUAGCCAGCAGAUAUGGAUAUACACCUCUCAUAACACCUACAGUACUUUUUUAUUGCAUGCUCUUUGUCUCUUGCCUCCAUGCCACGUAACAUCUAAACGCACAUGUGGAGGGACAGGUUACUGCACCAUAAGAAAUGUUGAAGGUACACACCAUGAGCACCACUACCUCGACUCAUGCCUCAUAAAUGCACAUACUUGACAACAUGCUACCAGGAUCACACACAUAGAGAGUAGUUCACUAUGCAACGACCCUAAGCACCAUAUACCACAUCGCUAUUCUUACAUGCCAAACUGAAGCCCAGAGUUGAGGCCUCACGACACUCAGACACCCACACUGCGCACUAAUCGACACCUCAUACAGAUCGAGACUCUUGCCUUACUUUGCCUGUUUAUAUAGUUGAGACCUACAAUCUAACGUGUUAUACAGAUUGACUAUAACUACUUAGAAAAAAAUUUGUGCUACGACUUUAAAUGCCACAGGAAUAUACCAUAAUGUUAUUAAUGUGCUUGCAUAUGCCGUUGUGGCUCUGUAAGCUGUCAUAUUACCUCUUGCACAAUGGAAAAAUAAAGAAUUAAAAAAAACAAAACUGUAAUCAAGACCCAUAUGAUGACUAGAGCUCCAGGUCUUUUUAUUCCAUCAUUUGCUCUAACAUGUGGAUGUCCAGUAGUUGUGAUUUAUACAAAGAGGCCUGGCUACCUACCACUACCCAUAACUCUCUGGAUCAGUAGAAAUCUCAGAAGGCAGAACUCUCCUCACUAAGUCUGAGCCAACUUGUUUAUGUGUAACAACACUCGGAUGAAUGACUCACAAAGUUCCCUUGGGUAAGUAUAGUACCUUAUAUCUUCACAAUGCAGGGUGCAGCAGGUUACUUGAACCUCUUUUGCACCUCGCUCCACACCAGGCACUCAGCCAUUCCUGGUAACCAUAUUCUCUCCACACAGUAGAGCUCACAGCAGAGAGGAUGCUUUCUCCCCCCUUGUUUCUCGCCUGCCCCCCACACCGGGCUUGCUAGUGCAGAUACUGACGACUGUAUCAGUUGGGCAAUGACAUCAACAGUUGAGUUUAGAUCCCCCGGAUAUUUUAUUUUUCAUGCUUCAUAGGUCAUGUGUAAGUCUCUUGAGGUUAAUGAGACAGUCACCAAUAUAAUUGUGACUGUUAAAUUAUGUACAGGCCAGUAAGUUAUAUUGGGAGCAGGUCCUCUGACAAACUUCAUAAUCAAUGAAAAAGGUGAUUGGUGUAUGCAUGUGGACCAGACCAGGGUAAUAAUCCACACCAACCCGAGGUGGGGAAGAAAGGGCCAGAUUAUAGUUUACGUUAAUAACCUAAAAAAAAACUAGGAAAUUUGAACCCUGGCACAGGUUUAUUUUCUUACCUUAUUUACAGAAUAGCAAACAACUUGAAAUAUUGUUGUGCAGUCUGCUAAAAAUUACAUAAAAACUUUGUUUAUGCAGUUCAGAAUGGUUUUUCACGACUGAUAUGUAAUGUGCUUUAUAAACAUGUAAGCUCGUUUGAGCAGGGCACUCAUCUACCUAUUGUUCCCAUGUCACUGUGUAAUUGUUCAACAAUUCAACCAGUUUUGCUUUUUUGCUUCAAUUGGUGUAUUUUGCUUUUCUAUUUCAUAUUCUUUUUUCAUUUUAUUGACACAUUACUCCCUUGUUUAUAGCAGUGCUGAUCAUUAUAUAUUUGACUAACUUAAAGCUAUACAAGUGCUUUGAUUUUUGUUUCACUGUGUAAGAGAUAUUUUUAAUCUUCAUAAUGCAAUAAAGGCUUGCUUUUCAAAAUAUUGGUAUGAUUGGAACCUGUAUUAUAGUACAUGCAUUGUCCAGUAGAGAUUCACAAACGGAGGAGUAGUGGAGCUGGCCAUACCUUUAUUUGCAUCAGAGUCACUAUUGUAGGUCUGGUGAUUGCUCCUUUGUACUAUUGCAUUCAAAUUUUCACUUUUCAACAGCCGGUGGAGAGUGGAAAUAUCGUUAAUCGAGGAAAAAGGUAUAUUCAGAAAGAAAAGUGAAAGAACAUCUUUUUGUUCCCCCCACUAGGAUGUUACUUGCCGUGAAAAACGACGUCUUCUGGAUGCAAGGCGGGGAAAGUGUCGUGUGCGUCUUGGCAGUCACCUAGAGGAAUGGUGUCAACUUAAAGAACAUUUGGGCUUUUCCUUGCACUCUCAACUUGCGAAGUUCCUGCUUGAUAGGUUAGAAUUUAAUAGUAGUAGUGGGACAAGUGCAUGAGGUCUAUUCAUUGUCAUUGUUGAACUGAGAUACUUAAUGUACAUUGUCAAAGUCAUCCGAGGGAAAAUAUAUAAUUUAGAAUGGAAUUCUCUGGAGACUGAUCAUAUGAUAGUCACUAGGCUUCAAUGCUGAUGUUCACAACCACAGAACUUCACUGUUGACUAAUGAAUGUAUUUCUUUACAGCUAUAGAUCAGCAGCCAGCCCAGAUAGAUUGGCAUGCAACCUGGGUAGGGCAGGUAAGCUCUAAAGAUUUAAAUGCAUUCUUAUUUUAUAAAUUUGUUCCAAAAAAAUUAGUCCUUUUUGUAAUGUAUCACUAUAUAUAUAUAUAAAUAUAUUUUUUUACUUUUCCAGUCUUAAUAACCAUUUGUUGUAUUUAUUUUGUUUUUAUCUCCCCUAGUUCCUGCAGCAAUCUCUCUAAUCUCGGCCUCUCUUUCCUCUCUUCAAAAUCUUGUACUUUCAUGUCACCAACAUGGUACAGACUGCCCUUGUCCUCCUUCCCUCCUUUCAUAUCCUCAUGUUAGAGGAGUACAGGAAGCACAUGUUGUUAGGUGGGGAUGCACAGCAAAACACCACAUUGAUUGGGAACCACAAGUAGAUAGUACAGGUGAAGAAAAGAAAAUCGAUAGACAGGACAAACUGUCUGACAGCAAUAAAGAUGAAGUAAUACAACUCAAGGCUGUUUCAAGUCAAGCAGUAAACCCUAAGAGUGAUUGCAUGCUACCAUCAUGUGCAGAGCUACGGUGUGAGAGACUGGAUAUGUCAUUUGAUGGUACAAAAAUACAGCCUGAGAGUAUCAAUAGUCAAGAGAGAGAAAAGGUUAUUGUUAAUAGGCAAGGAAAACUACCUCUGAGCCCAGAUAAAAUGACUGACAUUGUUAAUGGAAAGGAAAAUAAAAGUCUUUCAGGGAGCCCAGUUGAUGAGAUGGACAAUACCUCUCUUACUGAGGAACAACUGAAGAGUGGAUUAUGUGAAGAGACUCCGCAGCACAGCCCAAUUGACAAGAGUUGGCAAGAAUUGAAUGAAAAUCUACUGUCCAGUGAAUCUGCAAACCAAGAUGUUUCAAAGGACAUUGGUUGCCCUGAUAACCAGUACGAGGAUGUUAUAGAAAGACCCUCAGAAAGUUCUACAAGUGUCAAAGAAGCACCAAAGAGGGUCCCCAUAAACUCAAUUAAAAGAACCCUUUGCAAUCUUAGAAAAGGUACGUGCAUACUUUCAGACUAUCUUUUGUACACUAAUUCUCAAUUAUUAUUUUUGUCUGUCUUCCAAAUCCUAGUUUGUUCUCUCCUUCUUUUUUAUUUCCUUUGCUUUCAGCACUGUCAUUGUUUGUUUUUAGUUUUUUUCCCCCAACAUUGGUAAUCCUUAUCCUACUAUAUAAUCGUAGUUGCUUCCCUCAAUAUUGUGCAGGUAAAAGUCAGAGACACCGGCAGUUACCAGAGUACUCUGUACAGGUGCAGGCAGAACAUGAUGGCUUAGCCAUGGCUGUCAACUCUAGAUCCCCUUCUUCUGUAAAGAAGGGGGCGCCUGCCGAUGCAUUAGAAAAGAGCAAAGAAGACCAAACUGAUGAAUAUCUCCAGAAUGAAGAAAGUUAUGAAAGGUUAAUCACUUCAGAUGCAGCACAAGGUGAGCCAUAUUACCAUAGUAAAAUCAGUAAGUUUUUAUGUUUUUGAGUGAUUUUCUGAGAAUUUGUUUUCUGUGUAGAUUGUGACUGUAAUGCUACUCCUGAUGCACCUACCAAUACCCAGGCAUGCACAAAGACGGAAGAGAGAUCUCAAGAAAUACUUGAAAGUCAAGAAAGUUCAAAGGCUGAUUUCAUUGUGGACUGGAAAAGGUAAGAUACAAAAUUAAAGGGACACUAUAGUCACCAAAACAAUUUUAGCUUAAGUUAGCUAGUUAGUUUUGUUUAUGCACCCUAGUCACACCUCCCUGCAUGUGACUUGCACAGCCUUCAUAAACACUUCCUGAAAAGAGUCAUCUAAUAUUUAUCCUUCCUUUUUUGCUAAUUCUGUUUAAUUUAGAUUUUCUUAUCUCCUGCACUGUUAAUAGCUUGCUAGACCUUGCAGGAGCCUCCUGUAUGUAAUUAAAGUUCAAUUUACAGAGAAGGAGAUACAAUUUAUGAAGGUAAGUUACAUCUGAUUGAAAGUGAAACAAGUUGUUUUUUACAUGCAGGCUGUGUCAAUCAGAGCCAGGGGAGGUGUGGCUAGGGCUGCAUAAUCAGAAAUAAAGUGAUUUAACCUAUAAAUGGCAGUGAAUUGAGCAGUGAAAAUUAAGAGGCAUGAUCCAUACACUAAAACUGCUUCAUUAAGCUAAAGUUGUUUUGGUGACUAUAGUGUUCCUUUAAACUAAAAUGUAGUGAUCGCAGAACUGUAAUUUCAAAGGCUAUAAAAAUAUUUUAAAAAGUAAGUCCUUGUGGUAAGUAUUGUAUAUCUUCAAAUUUAUGACCACAUGGGAGUCUGUUUAUUAAACAUUGAAGAUCAUUUAACCAAUUAAAAUUUUGAAAGCUCCCAAACACACAGACUUUAGGUUGGUGCACCGGUUAUGAAAUGUGGUUGUCAUAGUUUGGCUGUUUUAACUAACGUGUCCAAUCACAAAAGGCAGAUUUGGUUAUUUCCACAAAAUUUGAACUUCUAUUUGGCUGCUGUUCAGUUCACUUUUGAAAUCUGCCAAAUCUUUACAUGGGUGAAGUGGAUAUUCACAAACAGCCGAACUUCAGGCAAAUUACAUCUGAAUUGGCUUCAUUCAGGUCUCCUAAUUACCCCCAAUAUUAUUUUUUCAUUGUAGCAGGGAAAUUCAGUUACAGUUGCAACUUGGCUGCAAGUUGGUUUGAAUAUGGUUUCAAUUAAUUUGAGCAAUUUUCAAACAAAUCUAACUUAACCAAUGAAAUCCAUUUGAAUAAAGCAGGGGUGCAUUCGGCCCAAUUCAUUUACUAUCCUGUCCUUGGUGAAUUAAAGGAGCACUCCAUACCCAUAGAGCACUUCCGCUUGCUGAAUAGCUAUAUGGAUGUGGAAUAUCCCUUUAAAAUCCCAGUUUAUAAAAGUGCCAGUUUCAUUGUGAAAUUAGCACUUUUUAUAUAUAAAAAUAGAAACGCCUCCCCAGCUGUCAAACAGCUGGGAAAAUUCACUUCCCACUUCCGUUAGCUCCACUGAGCUAACAGAAGUAGCAGGCACGUUCUAAUAGAGUGUCCCUGCCUUACAAUAUUGGCUGCAGGAACUGCCCAGGUGACAGGCAGGAAGGGAAACUCUCCGCUCCUGCCUGUCCGUUCUUGCAGCAUCUGUCCCGUCUCCCCUCCCUGUGUCAGAGCCUCCCUCUCCUGCCCUGUUGACCUUUAAUUGCCGAUCCAUGGGUAGAGGAUAUUUUGUUUCCUCUACCCAGACUGACAGGAAGUGUACUCACUUCCUGUCAGUCUGGGUAGAGGAAACUAAAGAUCCUCUUCCCACAGAUCGGCAACUAAAGGUCAGCAGGGGAGGGGAGUGAGGCUCUGACACGAGGGGAGGGGAAGGUGGCUCUGACACGAGGGGGAAGGUGGCUCUGACACAGGGAGGGGAGGGAGGCUCUGAUACGGUGAGGGGAGAGGGAAGCUUUGACACAGGGAGGGAGGAGGGGAUGGAGGCUCUGACACAGGUAGGGGGGACGAUUUGACACAGAGAGGGGAGGGAGGCUUUAACACAGAUAGGGGAGGGGAGGGAGGCUUUGACAAAGGUAGGGGAGGGAAGGGGGCAUUGACAGAGAGGAGGGGUUAAGACACAAGGUGGGAUUGGGGGUAGGAGAGACACCUGAAACAGAAUGGAACAGAGGCAUCUCUAUGAGAAGCUUCUGAUUGGACAAUUCUUUGUGAAGUGACUGAAAGUCAAUUCCUGUGAAAAAGGGGAGGGCUUACAAAGGCUGCAGUCAUAAGAACUGCAGCUUUUGCAAGAUAUUUUAGACUAUACUCCCAUUGAAUACAUACAUAAAAAAUACAUGCAUUUAUUCAUUGGGGGUAUAUCUACUAAACUGAGUUUUUUUUCUGUCUUUAUUUAAAGUGUGGGAACACACAAGAGUUUUAACAAAUGAAUGCAGGAGAAUUGAGCUGGAUGCAAACCUCCAAAAUUGCAAAAGUAAAUUCACAGUUUAAGGAAUAGACCUCAGGGAUUGGUACAAAGUUUAUGUAAGAAUAUAUAAUGGCAGUACACUGCUUAUCACAUAAAAUUAGGUCUUAUUGAUAUCGCACUUCAAUACAUUGAUUUGUGCCACAAUUGGCAUAAUUGUAAUAGAUGUACAGUGUCAAAGUAAGCUAAAGGUAAGGUGUACCUACUGCAUAUGGGUGUUUAAGAAUAUAGAAAUUUCCACUUGGUUAUAGAAUAAGAAUAAAACAUCAGGAUGUGAAAUAUUUUGCCACCUGGAUGAUUUUUAAAGACCAUAAAAAAAAUGUGUGAACCUAGUAAUGUGCAGAACAUACAUUGUGUAUUGAGAAAAAAAAAAAAUAUACAUGUUUUAAGGCCAUUUGGCCUGUAUUUGUGGGAGGGGCUUAAAUUAAUUCACUCCCCUAUAUAAGGGACACCCCUUACCUGACUCAUAUCGCUUGAGGUCAGCAUCAGAAUGAUUUCCACUUCCGGGUCAUCCAGACGCCAUUUUACCUGAUUACUCCAUGAGGUUUUCUAAGCUGAGCUGUGUCAGGAAUUCAGCCACAGGCUUUUCCGGCCUACCACCUUCUUUCUUCAAUCUAUUGCUGUGGAUGGUGUCCAAGUGACUCACAAACCGUAAGUCGACCUACCCGUUACGCCAGGCAUCAGUCCCACGGCACCAUGCACGGGUCAGGUCCUCACUUUACGGCUGCAUUUUGUCUAAAUCUGUCCUAAAACCAUUGCAUGUUCAUGCAUAUCAUUCGUUUAAACUCACUUGUUUAUAUCUGUCACUGGCUCAAUUCGAGCAUUAGCAUACUCCUGAACGGGAACACAUUCUGUUUCAAUUGCCUUAACAUACUAGGCAAUUCUGUGCGUGCAUUUCGAAUCCUACUGCUCGUUUCGUUUUGUUUCCCUGACAUACAAGGCUCACGGUUCGUGCAAUUUUCUACCAAACGGGAACUAGUUCAUGCAUUUACUAUUGUACUACACACACGUUUCAUGUGUUUACAACCCGUGAACAGAACUUUGGUUUGUUACAAUAAUUGUUAUUAAGCUAUUAUGUUCACUUAUUGUAUAUUGUCAAACGGGCACGGUUUGUUUCACAACUAUAAUGCUGGGGCAUAGCUCACAAACAAUGUUUCACAUAAACCACACUGACCCCUACAGGUCACUCUCAAAAUCUCACGUUAACCUUGCAUUUGGAUUAACCCCUUAAGGACCAAACUCUGGAAUAAAUGAUGUCACACAUGUCAUGUAUCCUUCAGGGGUUAAAGGGUAUUUUACCAUACAAUCAGCAUUUCUGACCCCUACUGGUCAACAGCAAAACUGUCUUCACAUGUCAUAUACAAUUAGCAGCCAAUAUAAAUUACACAUAAGAUUGUUUUAAACAUAACCAUAAACCAUGAAUUAAACUCCAACACGGGCUCAACUUCAGGUUUAAUUCACAAUAAUUUACAUUUCACAUUAAGACUAACAGUGGUUCUAUCAACACUGCCACCUACAGGUCUGUCAAGUACAUUGACAAUUUUCAUGGGGUUUUACAAACACCAAAACACUGACCCCUAUAGGUCAACAGACAAACAACAUUUCACAUACCAAUCAGUAUCCAACUACACUGCCACCUACAGGGCACUCGGCAGAUCUCCAGUGCACUUGUAUUUUGCAACUCCAUGUUCACUUGCCAUUCAAUAAGGCAUACAACAAUUCACAUAGCAAGCAGUAUAUCAAUAUCUGUUAUAAAUACACAUAUUAUUACACAGUAGCACACGCAUCUGUAUAUACGUAACUGGUAAUAUGGUUCACAUACAUACGGCACUUAAUGGGUUAAGAUUGAUACAUAUUUAACCAGUAUGGAUAUGAUGUUUAAUAUUUACAUAUCACGGCACUUUACUUUCACAUAUACUGUAUGUUUUAAGAUAAGCUUGGUCUAUGCCAUAUUUCCUUAUGCCAUACGAUUUUAUCCAUUCAGGUUACAGUUACUACUAAAAAACCUAUAAGGAUUGUCAGGUUCAAUACCAUACUACCAGGUACGUACACCUGCUCACGUAGUUAUCCAUCUCUUACCUUCCCUGGAAUAGUAAUAGUGUACCGGCAAUUAGGGUUCUAGGGCCCAAUAGGUAUUACCCCCUUUUUUCUCUGCAUUAUGCUUCAGUUAGUGGUCCCGCGAGGCCAACACCCCGCCUCACACUCUGAGGCAUACACCCCUCGGGCCACUCAUGAGCUAGCCGCCUCGCAUUGUAUCAUACAGAGGGCCUCACCUGUCACUCCCCCUCCUAUUUUCUGGUUACUGUCACCGAGAGACCAACAUCCUGCCACAACGUUCGGUGGCCACACAAAAUCCCCUCGCGCCAAGCAUAGAUAGAGCCUCUCAAGCCACUUGGCAACUAGCAGGGCCUCACCAGUCACCAAAAAAAAAACAAAACCCACCAAGCCUAAUCGUUUCGCCUUACGGCUUAGCUAGCAAGCUGGUACAAGACCCCUGGGUACAAAUAUAUAAUUGCAAUCUUUAUUGUUAUUUAAGUAUUUCUCAAAAAGAUGGUAAAGAAUCACCUCUUCCUAGCACCACGGCUAGAAGUGAUACACCUUCAUCUCUUACCUUCCCUGGAAUAGUAGUAAUGUACUGGCAAUUAGGGUUCUAUGGCCCAAUAGGUAUUACCCCCUGUUUUCUCUGCUUUACGCUUCGGUUAGUGGUCCCGCGAGGCCAACACCCCGCCUCACACUCGGAGGCAUACACCCCUCGGGCCACUCGUGAGCUAGCCGCCUCGCAUUGUAUCAUAGAGAGGGCCUCACCUGUCACUCCCCCUCCUAUUUUCUGGUUACUGUCACCGAGAGGCCAACAUCCUGCCACAACGUUCGGUGGCCACAAAAAAUCCCCUCGCGCCAAGCAUAGAUAGAGCCUCUCAAGCCACUUGGCAACUAGCAGGGCCUCACCAGUCACCAAAAAACACCAAGCCUAAUCGUUUCGCCUUACGGCUUAGCUAGCAAGCCAGUACAAGACCCCUGGGUACAAAUAAUAAUUGCAAUCUUUAUUGUUAUUUAAGUAUUUCUCAAAAAGAUGGUGAAGAAUCACCUCUUCCUGGCACCCCGGCUAGAAGUGAUACACCUUCAAGCAGAGGAGAUGUGGCUCCGACCUAAGGAGGCGACAGAUCCCCUACCCUGCCACAGCAAGGAAAGCAGAGUUAUUCAAACUCCUCCAUACAUCAAUGGACAACACGGAGGCAGGGGAAGGCCCAGCAACACCAACUCAGGUGACACCCAGGCCAUGCUAGCCUCACUCAUAAACUCAUGAGCCAAAAAAUUUACGACAGACUGGCAAUUUCGAGUCAGUCACAGCCCUCACAAGGCUGGGCCUCACGCUACUGUACAACCAGCACCAACCGAAACUCGGUUACUUGGUACAAGACGUUAACCCUGCACAUAUGAUCCCGGCACAUUGGGGAAACAAGGCAUAUAUAUGUAUGAUGAUGUAUCUAUGAUGGUCAGACCCAGGGAUUCUAGGUAAAUCGGGAACUGACCAUCCCUUGGUUGUGUUGGCAUUUGGAAUAUGUAGAGAUGCUUAUUUGUGCAGGUACCCAUACAGAAGGGAUUUUCUCCCAAACAAACGGGUGAGCACUCUCAGGCUCCAGGUACCAGCACCUCUGAACUACCAGAGACAAUUGGUAUUAGUAGUUGCAUUGCAUAUAGACUGUUGCAUAUAUGUUCAAAUCAUUCAGGGCACAUGACAAACCAUGUGUCCCAAUACAACUUACAAAUAACGUACUCACCAUCUGUACACACCAAUGCAUUUUCAACACUACUGACUCAUCACCCUUCCAGACUUGUAGUAGAGUUACUAAGGCUUUGGAGCUUCAAAGGGCUCUCAUACAGGUAUCAUAAAUAAACUCUCAAGGAAUAUAGCAUGCCCUCACUUACAGUCAGCACAACAGAACCGUCGGCUGUAAACACACUCAUAGCCAAGAUUUGCAGAGGGGUUUUUACUUGGGUUUUCCAAUCUCCACCAUUUACAGCAUGGCACCAAACACAAACGCAUUGGUAUUGUCACAAGGGAAUCUUCCCUUAAACAAGACUAACCAUAGACUUAUUGGCACCACACACCUUCGCUACCCCAAGUCUCAACUCCCUCAUACCCUCCGAGGAGUUUCCUUACUAUACACACCAUUAUCUACCUUUACAGCUAUCACUCAAGCAGGGGUUGAAGCUUCGUUAAGUAAGACCAAUAUCAUCAACACAGUAAAUGGCUACCAUCUACCCUACAAACUGGCACUUACAUGGCAUAAAAUGGGCAAUCCUUUCCCCGCUAAAAGCAGCUGCUGUGGCAUGGGGUAAAUCAUGGUCAGGGUCAUCAAUCCGUUGUUACUCAGACAACUAAGUACAUGUCAUAUCAUCAACAAAUGCCACUCAUCAUCCAUACGAUCAUGGUAUUGCUGGGGAACUCACUUGGUUGGCCACUUACCACAUUUCUUUUACUUUCAUGUACCAGGCGGUGGUAUACAUCCUUGCUGACAAUUGUCUCAUUUAUAUUCCAGGCACGUUCAUCAUACGCUUCCUACAGCCACCCAUACAGUCACGGCCACUCUUUCGUUCCAGAGACAAAAUCAUGGAUUAGACAUACUCAUGCAGCAUAGCAUGCACUAUCCCACCUAGCACUUUCAUCCCAUACUUGCAGAACGCUCCUAUUCACCUGGCUUUAAAGAAUCUCAUUGGAACACGACAUAGCUCAACCUGUGUCAUAACAUUUCUCCUAGGUUUUGCUUCAUUUUUUGCCACCUUAAACUAAAACCAUCUCACACACCAUUAAUUAUAUAUUUUACAGGCAUUCAACAACACAGGAUAACCUAUGGCCAAAACUACCAUAACUUCAUGCUAUCAUACCAGACAAGAAUAUACUCAGAGGUUUUCAGGAAUCCAUCCCCCCACGUUCCUCUCAGAUAUUACCAAUAGCCAUCCAACUUUUCCAUCCUUAUCGGACCUAUUAGAGCUACAACCUUUCAAUUAUACUACCAAGUUGGCCAUUACCAGCCAUGCACACACUGCCUUUUAUGCCUUUCUCAGGCCAGAGAAUCCACUACCAUAACCACCACUCAGACAGAUCAUUGUCUUCAACGAUCCCACAUGUGUAAACACAUAUAUCAUUACCUAUUGGCUCUACCACAUUCCGAAACGAGUCAACACGCACCAACAGUAGAGAUAUCAUACUAUCCUACCCACAACAAAUGGUGUCCAGUUGCGGUCCUAGAUUCCUACCUUCAAAAAUCCUUCAAGGAAUUAAAUACCGUAAUGCAUUUAAGGAAAUGUCUGGUUAAUUUGUAUAUAUUGUUGACUGUAUUAAAUCUUUGAUUAUUCUUUUUGCCCUCUUUAUUUACAGGCCUACCGUAUCGUCGGUCUCGGCACACCACAACCGACUUGCUCCCUUUAUACUAUCCUACGCUUAUGCUGGAACCUUACUCCAUAUACGGCUAUUUGCCCCGAACACAAGUUUUAAGGCCAUUUGGCCUGUAUUUGUGGGAGGGGCUUAAAUUAAUUCACUCCCCUAUAUAAGGGACACCCCUUACCUGACUCAUAUCGCUUGAGGUCAGCAUCAGAAUGACCCUCCCACCCACUCCUCAUUUCAACACUUUCUCUUUUCUUUCCAUUUACUUUACUUACUUACUCCUUGGUGGGCCCUCUUUAUUUACAGGCCUACCGUAUCGUCGGUCUCGGCACACCACAACCGACUUGCUCCCUUUAUACUAUCCUACGCUUAUGCUGGAACCUUACUCCAUAUACGGCUAUUUGCCCCGAACACAAAUAUAUAUAUAUAUGGUUUGUUUGUUUUUUCUUCUUAAUUUCAACAGGAAAGAAGGGACAGGAUCAGAAAAUAAUCACCCCACAGCCAGGUAAUAUACUGAACAAUACCUAUCAAAUUCCCCAAAUUCUUUUGGAGAAUGGAGCAAUUCUACAUGUGGUUAUGUAUUAGUGAGACCUUUUUUACCUUUUGCAGUCAUAGAUCUCAUGUUGAUGAAGAAGAACAUACCUGUAAGAAAAGGAUCAGGUAAGUGUAUUCCUCACAUGUGCAAAUACAAAUGAAAUCCAAAUACCAUGAAAUACUGCAGAGAAUAAUAUUGAAAUCUUUUUGAUUUUGCAUCUAACUAGAGAGAGUUUUUUUUGUUUAGUUUUUUUUUGGCUAUUUAACGCUGCACUCUUCCGCUCCUCUUUUGCACGAGAAAACCUGACAAUAGGCAGAGAUACCUAUGUUAGGUUUUGUCAUUUCCCCCAGCCAUCAUUAGUGAUGGCUGUUGGGAAAAUGUUAUAUCUAUGGAGGAUGCCAAUGUCUCAGGUGAUGCUCCAUAGACCUCAGUGUUGUACUCCUGCAUAUGCGCGAGAGUACAAUGCUGACCUGGGCUCCUAGCAGUUGAAGCUCAGGAAGACCAUGGCGAUGUUCAUGAUGGACAGAUUCAGAUAACCAUAACUCGCAUUGUGUUGCACCCAGCAGCCAACAGACACACAGCGAAGCAACUUAUGUAAAGAUCCCAGAUUUUGGCAGAGCCAUUAUUUAUUUUAUUUGUAUUGUUUGUUCCCUUUGUAUUUUCACUGAUUUACCUCUUUGUUGUUGUUUUUUUAAUCCCCUAUGUGUCCCCUUCUUUCUUCCUCUCUGCUCAUGAAGCUGGGCAAAAUAGUUUCUACAUUUAUGCUUUGAACUGUCCACAAUUAUAGUAUUUUUUUUUCUAGUUUCAUUAAACUAAGACAUUUAAAAUACAAAUAUCUACCAUGAGGGUACAAGACAGGUGUGGGAAUAGUGUAACAUUCUCUUUAUAUAAAAUACACCACACUCAUUGCCCAUACAAUCUCUUGUUAAGUUAAAUGUGAUCAUAAGGCUCAAGUGACUAAAAUUGAAACAUUGCAGAUCCUACAGACCUUAUUUGUAAUGCCUCUUAUCAGCAUGGUCAGAGAGUCAAUCAAAAACACAUUUCGGAUGGUGAAUUAACAUGACAAAGACUUAUAUGUCUUAUAUGUUUUGUUAAAAUCAUUUUAUAUAAUCUUCCUUAUAGGCCAAAAAAAAUAAAAAAUAAUAAAUAAUGGCUUGUUUUAACAUAUAGCUCUUUCCUUUAGGAAAUCUACUCCUCAAGAGCUUCUGUUAUGUGAGAUUGAUGAUUGCGGGAGAAUCUUCUCUAAACGACAAUAUCUGAAUGUAGGUAAUGAAUAUGUUAUGUAGCUUUAACUUGUAAUUCACAUAGGUGUGUGUGUACAUGUACCAAAGUGAGCUUAGUACAAUCUGGAUAUAACGUCCAGACUCUACUAAUCAAAUGAGUGGAGUGUGCGUACAUGUGUUUGAACUAUUUAAGAGGUUUGAGGUUUUUGUGUGUAAUAGUUGAAAACGUUUUGGCACUUUUGUUCAGCCGUCAUUUGUAAAUGCAUAUAUUGCUGCAUUGUUUUGAAAUACAUAUAUUGUCUUCGGCCUGUUGUGCUCACCGGGUUGAUUGAUCGGCCGCUUCACCUGGUCGCCAGGCACGUGAGGCCGCAAGUUUUUAAAGCUGAAAUUCGUCUGCAUCACUCAGAGGUAACCAAACCGCUGCUAAAAGAUUGCAGAGCUAAAACAUGAGUAGGAGUUCAGCUGCUUUAGAAACUCUGUUAAUAGGGUAAAUAUCUUUAAUUUGGCUUGAUUAGUGGACAGCUAUAGCGGGACAUGUCCAGCCAUCUUGGAUGCCAUGCCCCGCCCCCAUCAGUGGGGAUUUAUACCACUACACGCUGCAUACUGGAGCUGGUCUUGAGCUCCACAACAUGUGAGUUGGCAAUCACGAAUCUGCAUGUUAUAUGUAUCCCACUUAUCAAGAUAUACUGCACUAUCAGAUUUUCUUUAUAUGUAUUUCUGGAUAUACCUCAAGCAUCUAUAAGAAGCUAGAUCAUCUUCAGUGAACUACAGGAUAAUUAUUCCCAGGACUAUAUUAUAAAAUCUGUCGUUUGUUUUAUACCACUUUAUUUUACGCAAUAAUUAGUCAACAUCAGGUGCAACCUGUUUUUGUUUCUUCUGAUAUAUUGCAUGCUUGUCAUAUUUUCUGUGUGUCUCUCUUGAGAGGUGCUUCACCUGGCUGAGAUUAGGUUUCAGACUGCGGCAUCUUCCUCCCUAGAGAACUUAGGUGCUUUUUUAUCUUUUGUUUUUAAGAGGGUGGGGGGAGGGGAGGAGGUUGUUUCUGUGCCUCAUGGACAUCCUUUAAUUUCAUGAUAGGGAGAGUGCUGAAUUAAAGAUAUGGGGCAGAAUGUUUUAUGACUCGGUUCAUGGUGUUUUGAUAAAGUUACACUAACUAUAUACCAGCAUAGAAAGCCAACAGUAACGUCAGCAUACUAAAGCUAGAAAGACUGAGGCAAAGCAGAGUACAACACAUUACACACCACCAAUACAUAUUACGCAACCCGCAGAUAACACACUAUAAGGUAGAUGAGACUAAUUUACUAAAUUUCGAAUUUUUGCAAAUAAAAGCCAAAUAGCAAAACAAAGGAAAAUAGCCAAGUGUUUUUCCAUUAAUUUUUGAAAAUUAAGAGUUUAGCAAAUUUAGCAGAGUUACUGCCCUGGUCUCUAGCCAGGGUCCCAAUCCUUCUAACAAGCUAUUUUUGUGUCAAGAAAAGUAGAUUAUCAUGAUCGAUAAGUAGAUUAGGCUACUGCUUUAGUCCCUUGGACAAAAAAAAAUGCACACCCCUGAAGUAGGUGUAUUAUGCAGUGCAAACAACUUUUACAGCUGAUUUCUCCUUUUUGUUUGUGUUUUUUUUCAUUGUUUUGUUUUUCUUGUGGCAGGCAGCACAAUUCAUAUAUUCUUGUUAAUCAUAAGCCUGAUGCUAUCUUAAAUAUUGUUUUAGCAAAAAUCAGGCUGGAGAUCUGCAAAGUGGGUACACAUAAUAGCCCUAUGUGUCAUCAAUGGCAAAAACUAGUUUAUAUUUUGUUGUUUUUCUGCUCAGUAUCACCAGAAAUACCAGCACGUGAACCAGCGCACAUUCUGUUGUUCUGCUCCAGGCUGUGGAAGGUCAUUUAAUUUCAAGAAGCACCUCAAGGAACACGAAAAAAGACACAGUGGUAAUAUGGAAUACUGCUCAUUUAUAAUAUUCUAAACUAACAUCUAUUCUGGACUAGCAUGCAACACCACAUUUUUCAUUUUUGUAUUUUUUUUUAUACCAUAUGAUUCGCACUCUUUUUGUAUUUGUUGUUUAAUUUUUCUCCCCCUCUGCACUUUACUACUCUUACUUAUUUCCUUUACUUGCAAUAUUUGACACAUACAUCUACAUGUUAUACUCUUUUUAAAUCUUGUAUUUUACAAAUUUGUUAUUUAAUAGGCCGUCGGGAUUUCAUAUGUGAAUUCUGCGCCCACGCUUUCAUUAGCAACAGUAAUCUCAUUGUCCAUCGACGUAUUCAUACCGGGGAGAAACCCCUUCAGUAAGUAAAAUGUUUUUCUCGUUUCAUUUCUUUGUUUCAGUUCACAAUGCUACCACCUCAAAUGCUUAAAACAAGCAUAUUAAUCCCUACUCCUCUUCCUGUACCCCAUUAGCUGCCCCCCAAGAAAAGUACCCGUACUCUAUAUUUGAACUAGAUACUGUCACAAUAUUUAGAUGUAUUGUUUGUAACAUUUUUCUACUGUAUGAUGAAAAAUUCCAAAAAUAAAGAAUAUAAUAAAAAAAAAAUGGCAGAGCAGCCCCCUAGAUUAAAAUUACUGAAAAGUUGAGAUUAAGUGUGUCUCCAAUCAGUCCAUACCUGUUAAUAGUCAUGUGCUUAUUCAAUGUGUUUAGAUAUUUAGCCAUGAAAUCAUAUUAAGGAAUCUAAGUGUACUCUUUCUGGUUCACCUCUAAAUAAAUGAACAAACACAACUGGAGUCAUCACGCGUAAUAAUUGCCAAAUUCACAUAAACUAGCAUCCCUGAUGUACAAAGAGCAAAUCUCUGAUCACCAAUAUAAUUUCCUGCAGUUUCCAUUUGUUGGUUAUAUAAUGGAAAAUAAUGACUUUCAUUCCUUAAUGGAGCAUCUGAAAAUAUUCUGUUUGUUUUGAACAUGUCAUUAGAACUUUCUGUUGUUUUUUUUUUUUUUAUAGUCCUAAUAGAUGCUAAAGUUUAAUGUGUUUUGGGCAAUGGAUCUUGCAUUAUUUUAAAUGGCCAUUAGAGGGAGACUCGAUUUACAGAGACAAUCUGGAUUUUUCUUCAGAUUGCAAACAAAUAAAGUGUUACUCAAUAAAAGGGAAAAUUUGCUUCAUACUUACCGUAAUUUUCUUUUCCUGAUAAUGUAUUCGUGGCAGCAUUUAUUCACGGGUCAGCUCCUCCCCUCACAGCAGAAAGGACAGGAAACAGAACUCUGAAACUGGUAUAAAUAGAUCCUCCCCCUUCCCAUCAGGCAGUCUUUGUUAUCUAGCUUCACAACUCUUAUAGUAUAUGGGUGGGAACGUAAUGCUGCCAUGAAUAAAUUAUCAGGAAAAGAAAAUUACGGUAAGUAUGGAGCAAAUUUUCCCUUUUCCUGACCAUUAUUCAUGGCAGCAUUUACUCAUGGGUAAUACCCAAGCUGAAUAUAUAGAGGGAGAAGCAGAGUUCAAAAACAGCCAAUAGUUAUAAAAACAUUAUUGGGCUGCAUAAACCUUAGAAGACUUUAAAAAAGCCAAACCAGUAAUCAAUAGGAUAUUGUUAUAAAUCUGUUCAGACAAGGUAAUUUACCCUAGCGGCUGCAAGGUCUGCAACCUCCUGGCAUUCAAAUGUCUGAAAUAUCCUGAAAAGGCCAGAUAGGAAUUAAGACCAUGACAGCCAAACCUAGAGAAGGAACAAGGCUAGACAAACUCUCGUAAGCAAUAAGGAACCCAUCUUGUGAUGGACUAAAAAAAAUAAAAUAAUAAUAAUGUCCUUUUCUGAUAUAAAUUUAAAACCAAUGGAUGACAUCAUCAAAUCAGAACCUUGAUAAAGGCAUAACUUCCAGAUAUCAUACUGGAACAAGCAGAUAAUAUUGGAUGAGAACAGUCACACCAUGCUAUUAAACUGAGAAUCCUACUACUUUCUGGAUGUAUUUUACUUACCUGUAGAUACAGGAAACAAAUCAGAGCGCAAUAAUGACUAUAUAUUGCAAAACCAGACUCACAACAAUACCUCACACUGUGGAUGAAUUGAUACUGCAAUGAUCAGUCACAGGAGAGGUAUAAACCUAGCCAAAGGCAAGAGGAAUCAUAUACAGAUUAGAUGAAGACAAAAAGAAAUAUCGGUAUGAACCAUAGAAAUUGUGGCAACUAUUAAAUUAUAAGUAGGCCAACCAUGUCAGUACCUACAUUCAAAUAUAAACAUAUUGUAAAUAGUACAGAAUAUGCCAAACCGUAUAGUCAAAUUUAUUAGAGACUGAUGUGCAAUAUAAUAGGAGAUAUGGAAUAGGCAGGAUACUGAUGAGAAGGUGGUAGCCAGAGGCACAUUAUACAUUGUGGCAACAGACACAUAAUAAGCAGGAUAGUAGGAGAUAUUCUGUUAUCCUUAGGAGAACAAACAACCGCAUACUUACUCUUACCUGAUCUUUAGAUAGUGAAAAAGUACUAUGGCAGAGCCUAUGGUGAUGAUAAUCAGUUUGCAGGAUAUCAACACCAAUCCAAGCAUAUAAUCAACAGGUAUUACAUCCAUGCAAUGUUAGGAGAGACCAUAACUUACACCGCUCUAGGUACAGAGACCAUGUAAAACACAUCAGUCAAAUGUUUGUCCUCAACAAGCUGCAUUACAUUAUAUUAUGCAGGAUAAAUCAACCACUUAAAGUCACCCAUUGGUUGCAAAUUCCAGAUAUAAAAAAAGAAUUCCCAUGGAUAUCAGAACCAAUGUCCGAAUGGAACGACAUGUUCAGGGAUUGCCUUUAUUGUUCUGGUAGCAGGUGAAUUUUACCUGAGAUAGUAAACCUGGUAGAAUGGUCUGGGGACUGGAAAGAUCUUCCAUUGUCAAUUAAAAUACUUGCAAUACACAGCAUCAAAGUUACCUGGAGCAUAUGAGCCUAAAAGAAUACCUUUUAUUACAGAAAGGAAUUAAAAUGUUGCCCUUCACAACAGGGGCAUCUGUCAGAAUUUUCUGAUCAUUAACUCCUUAAGAACCAAAAGCAUGCCACCCCUGACAUACUAAACGGGAUUGCCAAACUUUCGGGUCCCCAAGGUAUAAGAGAGAAUACUGAAUAUAAAAUUCAGUACAUUCUCCAAAUUAUAAAGAUUGUGCUUUAAGGAAAUGUACUCAGUUCUAAAGAUUAUGUUAAACCAAUUCCAGAGAAUUGAGCUAAAACUGAAUAAAAAGUAUAAACCAGACCAGGAGUAGUGAGUUUUUCAGAGUAGAGGCUUGCAGAAAUUACAAUGAUACUAAAGUUAUGACCACGGGAAAGAAAAGGCCAAUAUGAACAGCUUUUAAAUUCAGUUAAGUUAGAUUUUAGAAAGAAAGGUAAUAUACCAGUGAAAACAGUCAGGUAAUUGCUUCAGAGUUCCCUACUUAUGAGAUCAAUAAAUAGCCCAAUGUGUGCUCCUGCAACCAGCAUAAAUCCUGUAUAAAUACAUAGGAGUGCACACAAAAAAGCAUGAAUUCUGUUGAACAUUACCAUGCUCCCUUUUGGAAAUUCAGGUCUCCUUCUCUCCUGGGAGAGGCACUCAGACAGGUUCAGUAACACCUGCAAUCUAUCAGAAGUGGUAUAAUGUGUUAAUUGCUUAUCCUGAAACACUCGAGGGAGAGGGAAUCUAAUACAAAGCCAAAAGCAGUAUGUUUCCUUAUCUACUUCAUUUAAAAAAACUGAAAUAGAAAAUCCACAGUAGGCAAUAAUUACCCGGUGCAACAGUGCAUUUGUUUUUGCUAGAAUGGGCUGUAUUACAUUUCAGCGCAAAACCCAGACCUUAGAUCAUUUGUAUUAUUAAAUCUACCAAGGCCGUGUAUAAACCUGCGUACAGAAUAUAUGAAUCAUAUACAUUGUGGAUGUUUCUAACAGCACCUUAUGCACAGAUAUAUCAGUUACAUAUACUGAGUCUGUUCAAACCUGCAUCUGCUAUAGAGUGACACUAUGCCUGUACACAUAUUAAGUUUAUAUGAGGGAGAUAAAUUGAGGCUGUGUUUUAACAGGACUUCAUUCACAUAUUAUACCACUCACACUGAGCCUAUAGUGGGUACAUAAACUGCGUCCUCAUAGUAACUUAUACAUAGAGCAUAUAAUGGAUACAUAUACUGAGGCGGUGUCCUCACAGAUACUCAUACAUAGAGCAUAUCCACUAAUCAAUCAAGCAUACCAAAUCAUACAUUAGAGCAAAUAUUGGAAACAUACCGAAGCUGUACCACAACCAGGUCAUGUACAGAUACUGAGGCCCAGAGAUCUCAUAUGCAGAAAUUCUGCCACUCUCUGGAAAAGCCUGCUUAUUUGCGAUAAUUCACAGAUAACCGCAAUCAAUGCCACAUGCCUUGAUAAAAACAAGUGUGUGUGUGUGGACGUAUUUUUAGGUUUUAAAACCUGUCAUAUACAUGUGUGUACUUCUAUCAGACAUCCAGGAAGGUUUUCUUACCUUGGAUAUUACUCUGUCUUCAGAACUGUGGAAUUCCAGCAGACUUUAUACAGCCAGGAUAUCCAUUAUUAGCACUCUUUUUCACAAUGCCUCCUUGCAUUAUCAGCACUCUUUUGCACCAAGCAUGUAUAAACUUACCUAAAUGCUCACCACACAAACCUCCUAAAUGUGACCUAUUUGUUAAAAGGAAGCCUAAUGUAAGCAGCUGGGAGGGACUGAAAGAACAGAGACCCAGGUGCCUAUUUUAGUUUUAAUCUAAAUUACUAAUGCACUUACCUGAACAGUUGCAGGCCUAUGUUUCAGCGGCCAAAUGGGGAUUUGAACAACUGACAGCCUAAACUGUUUAAACUAUAGUAUCCCAUCUGUACCCCAUAUGCCGUUCAUCACCAGUGGUAGAAGGUGUAAACCAAACCCAAGUGGAAUACAUAGAAUAGGUAUACCCAGGUAGUCACCUUAUGGAAUUGCUGUUUGCUGGGUCUUCAGGGAUAAAGGCUUAGACUCGGCUGGGCCUCAUGUAUGCAGUGGACCGCUGUCAUUACUUCUAGAGAGAGAUAGGUUAGACUCCUGGUUGUUGAAGUAGGUACCCAGGCUGGCGACUCUUACAGAUGUGCUGUUUGCUGGGUCUUCAGGGAUAAGAGGCUGAACCCUGGCGUGCAGUGGCCAUUUUCAUCCCCAGAGGGAGAGGUUGGGUUCGACCCCCGGUCACUAAAGGGGGUACCCAGGCUGGCUACCUUACAAUAGUGCUUUGCUGGGUCUUCAGGGCUUAGAGGCUGAACCCCGGCAGGGCUACAAAAAUAUUUCUUUAGCUUUGUCUUUGCUUGUCUCAAAGAUGGCCAAGUUUCAUGCCCAUUUAUAGAAUUUUUUUUUUUUUUAAAGCAAUACUCUAUUGAAAAUUGUGUAGUCUAAAAAAGAUAUUCAUGUAUUCUUGUUUGUAUGUUUUCUAUGGGGUAUAUGAAAAAAUAGUUUGCAAAAGCACGAUACCUACUUACUUUGCAAGUCCUCCCCCCCCCUCUUUCCCCAACAUCGACCAUUGGUCUGUGCUGGGAAUACAUCAGCCUCUGUGCUGGAGCUGUCACAGGUUUUUCAAUGCUUCUCAGUGAGCUAUAGUUCAGCGUGCCUGUGACUUCCCCAGUGCUAACGGGAGUGGAAGUAAAUCUCCCUUUCUAGAGUUACUGAGAGGUGUUUCUGCCGCUAAUUAUAAAAAUACCGAUUUCUACCUCUAUUGAAUUUUAUUCAAAGGGUGUUAAGCCCAGUAACAAUCAGAUACAGUAGAAAGACAAUGUGGCGAAACCAACCUCGCCACUGUGAACUGGAGAAGCCCGGUUGCUCGCCUGCUCCCUUUGGACUAUGGCCCUGCAGAUUAAACCGUUAAUUUUCCCGGCAGAAAGGCACGAAUAAGCCUUUCUGCAGGGAAAAUAAACGAUGUUCGGUAGAUUCCAACUACCGAACGGGGGACCACCGGGGAGCUGGAGUGUGCCGCCAAUUGACCGCCCAGAAGCUGCAGUUAACCGCAGCUUAAUUGAUGAACGCUGGGUGGCCUUUGUUCGUUUGCCGAACACGUGGCAGCGGCCAUUUUAAUUCCCGAAAGGCCAACGGUGAUCAGCACUAACACUGUGGAACGGAAAACGGACACUUCCUUGCGCCAACACAGCUGAGCCGUCCACCCCCUGGUUCCUAUUCGUGCCCUUGGUGUCGAACACCGGUUCAUUCGGUACUUUGGGAUAUGUGAAUGUGUUAACCCAGAUAGCUAUGCCAUGGAGCCCAUUCGUGUAGUUAAAGACUUCGGCUCCAUGGCAAUUGAACUGUGUGAAUAGGAUCUGAGCGCUAUUCGGUAGUUUUGUGCGCUCAGAUCCCAGCUAUCUGGGGAUAUGUGACAUGUCUGUGUUUUAUGUAUAAAAUGUGACUUUGUGUAUUUUAUAAUAUUUUAAUGCUUUAAUGCUUUGUGCUCACCAUUACUUCUCAAUUCAAUCUCCAGGAUAGAAGACUCUGAAACUGGUUUGGGCCGGAAAGCCAUGCUUCAUUUAGUCACAAAGGACUUUCCCUUAACUUUUGAACCCCUGGUCUGAUUCGUGCCAUUUUUUAAUAUGUUGUUCCCCUGAAUGGAUUGAUUAUGAAAAUGUAUGUUUUAUGUUUGUGACAUGUAUAUUUUAGAAGUUAUAAAUAUUGUGUAAAAACUGUAUUCCUCUGCCGGUGAUAAUGAGAUUACCCAUUGUGUUCAGUAAUCACAUCACAGGCAGAGGGGAGGAUUUUGUGUGGGAGUGUCUGGGUGUAUUGUACAGAUUGAUUGGUUGUUUUGUAACGCCCUGUGGGCUGUACUAUGUUUGUGGAUUGGGAAUAAAAGAGACUGUAUGUGACAGUACAAGGAGUUCCUGUUUAACCCUCAAAGUGAAGUGUCGUCUCAUUCUUGGGGGGAAUUUGACUGUAUGCCGAUUGCCAGGAGUGUAAGCUGUUCGGCUGCUUCCAGGGUUCGUGUGUCUGCUGUUCGAGAGUUGGUGAAUACGUGCAAGUUGGAGUUCGGGAGGUUGGUGAUUGCAGUAACUGCUGGUCUAUCUGGAAGGGGAUUAUCGCCUAAACGGUUUUUAUCCCCUUGUGAGCGAAACGGUCCGUUACAAUUGGUGGCAGCGGCGGGAUCGUUCCUACAACCAGAAGUACAGCUAAAAGACAACACCAGUGCCUGGAUUACAAUUGAGAGCAACGCUAGUACACGUACAGCGACCCUAUGUACAAAGGAACCAACUUCGACAGAGCAAGCAUGGCACCCCGCUACACGCAGGAGGCGUUUGACAAAGAGUGUGCCUCGCGGCUGGCUCUUGUUACAUUUGUCCCCUCUGAGGAAUUCGUGCAGUUCGUAAGGAGCCAGGUAGAUGAGUACCUGCAGUUCAUGGCAGAUCCAGCCAAAGGUAUCGGCCGCCCUAUCCGGUGGCAGAGUGCAUUACGGGGACUCAAAGGUGUACCCCAGGGAGCUGAAGGUGUCGUCCUUCCUCCCCAGCGGCAGUGUGUGUCCCAGGGAGCUGAAGGUGCCGUCCUUCCUCCCCGGCGGCAGUGUGUAUCCCUGGGAGCUGAAGGUGCAGUCCUUCCUCCCCAGCGGCAGUGUGUAUCCCAGGGAGCUGAAGGUGCAGUCCUUCCUCCCCAGUGGCAGUGUGUGCCCCAGGGAGCUGAAGGUGCCGUCCUUCCUCCCCAGCGACCGUGUGUACCCCAGGGAGCUGAAGGUGCCGUCCUUCCUCCCCAGCUGCAGUGUGUACCCCAGGGAGCUGAAGGUGCAGUCCUUCCUCCCCAGCGGCAGUGUGUACCCCAGGGAGCUGAAGGUGUCGUCCUUCCUCCCCAGCGGCAGUGUGUACCCCAGGGAGCUGAAGGUGCAGUCCUUCCUCCCCAGCGGCAGUGUGUACCCCAGGGAGCUGAAGGUGCCGUCCUUCCUCCCCAGCGGCAGAGUGUCCUGCAGGGCAGCAGAGACCGUCAGUCUCGCACCCCAACCACAGGACAAAAUAAUGAAAGGGGAGACAGCUGGUCCCCCUCUCCACCAGCAGAGAGAGUGUCAGGGAGAGGAGCCUGAUACCCCCUCUCCCCAGCGGCAGUUUACAGUUCAGAGAGAGGAGCUUGUUACACCCUCUCUCCAGCGGCAGCCUAACCCAGCAAGGGGAGAUGUUACACCCCCCAACAGUGCAGAUGGGACCGUAGUCUCUGCACUUGCAGCACAAGGGGUAGGGCUGGUCGGUCCUGUCCCCCAGCCCCAGAGCUGUGUACCCAGAGGGGAGACAGUCGGUCUCCCCCUCCCACAACCAGGCUCCAACCAGGCUACUUCAGUGGUAGCGCUGGCACCAGGGCAGAGUACCGCUGGUCUCUGCCCACUCAGCAACCCACCAAGGCAGUCUACCAGCCCCCCCCCACAGCCGUGGUGAGGCACCUCGACAUGGACAAAGUUCUCCUCUACCCAGGUAUAGUAACCAGUUAUUGUGGGUGGGCUGUACUGCUGUUUGUUUUGUGGGUGGGUUGCUGGACUAACCAGGGCACUGACCGGCAGGAGGUCAGAUACCCUGUUAGUCUAGUUGGUAAAGGGGAGAAGUGUGGCGAAACCAACCUCGCCACUGUGAACUGGAGAAGCCUGGUUGCUCGCCUGCUCCCUUUGGAUUAUGGCCCUGUAGGUUAAACCGUUUAUUUUCCCUGCAGAAAGGCUUAUUCGUGCCUUUCUGCCGGGGUGUUCGGUAGAUUCCAACUACCGAACGGGGGACCACCAGGGAGCUGGAGUGUGCCGGCAAUUGACCGUCCAGAAGUUGAUGUUAACCGCAGCUUAACUGAUGAACGCUGGGUGGCCUUUGUUCUUUUGCCGAACACGUGGCAGCGGCCAUUUUAAGUCCCGAAAGGCCAGCGGUGCUCAGCACUAACACUGUGGAACGGAAAACGGACACUUCCUUGCGCCAACACAGCUGAGCCGUCCGCCCCCUGGUUCCUAUUCGUGCCCUUGGUGUCGAACACCGGUUCAGUCGGUACUUUGGGAUAUGUGAAUGUGUUAACCCAGAUAGCUAUGCCAUGGAGCCCAUUCGUGUAGUUAAAGACUUCGGCUCCAUGGCAAUUGAACUGUGUGAAUAGGAUCUGAGCGCUAUUCGGUAGUUUUGUGUGCUCAGAUCCCAGCUAUCUGGGGAUAUGUGACAUGUCUGUGUUUUAUGUAUAAAAUGUGACUUUGUGUAUUUUAUAAUAUUUUAAUGCUUUGUGCUCACCAUGUGCAUAAUGGAGUCUUGUGUCUGUCCUGGGAGAUAAUUGAAUUACUUCUCAAUUCAAUCUCCAGGAUAGAAGACUCUGAAACUGGUUUGGGCCGGAAAGCCAUGCUUCAUUUAGUCACAAAGGACUUUCCCUUAACUUUUGAACCCCUGGUCUGAUUCGUGCCAUUUUUUAAUAUGUUGUUCCCCUGAAUGGAUUGAUUAUGAAAAUGUAUGUUUUAUGUUUGUGACAUGUAUAUUUUAGAAGUUAUAAAUAUUGUGUAAAAACUGUAUUCCUCUGCCGAUGAUAAUGAGAUUACCCAUUGUGUUCAGUAAUCACAUCACAGGCAGAAGGGAGGAUUUUGUGUGGGAGUGUCUGGGUGUAUUGUACGGAUUGAUUGGUUGUUUUGUAACGCCCUGUGGGCUGUACUAUGUUUGUGGAUUGGGAAUAAAAGAGACUGUAUGUAACAGUACAGGGAGUUCCUGUUUAACCCUCAAAGUGAAGUGUCGUCUCAUUCUUGGGGGGAAUUUGACUGUAUGCCGAUUGCCAGGAGUGUAAGCUGUUCGUAGGGCUUUUCCUGUUCGGCUGCUUCCAGGGUUCGUGUGUCUGCUGUUCGAGAGUUGGUGAAUACAUGCAAGUUGGAGUUCGGGAGGUUGGUGAUUGCAGUAGCUGCUGGUCUAUCUGGAAGGGGAUUAUCGCCUAAACGGUUUUUAUCCCCUUAUGAGUGAAACGGUCCGUUACAGACAAAAUCCACUAUAUUUGGAAGGUGGAUAUGGAUCAAAAAACCCAAAUGUUGUGUAUUCUCAAAACAAAAUAAUGGUAAAAUGGCUGCCGGGAUUUGACGUCCUGCUGUACCCUGGGGGCCAUGAGCUCUGUGCAUCCUGCCAGGCCUCACACCUCCUUAUGCCUGGCAGUGUAAUGUGGUCCUUAGCCAGAUUUAGGCGAAGAGAGACAGUCCUUUCACAGCACCAAAUAUCUCCUGGUAUUUCUUCCCAUUGCCUGCACAAGGCUAAAAGAAAAAUAGAAAAAACGCUUGCUCAGAGAUAUAGAUUUCUUAUUAACCAAUAUUAAUAUCCAUCUUCCUACGUACUGAGGCUCUCUUCAGUGCAAGGUUACAGGGGGCCAUGGAAUGAGGCACCUGUGACAGGUAAAAGUGCAAAACAACCAAAUGCCCGUCUGGUCUGAUUCCACAGAAAAGCUACUAUAGCUAAAAUUGCUGAAAAACGUAAUGCUGGUCAUGAUAGAAAGGUGUCAGAACACAUAAAGCAUCACUGUUUGCUGCGCAUGGGGUUGCUCAGUUGCAGAACGGUCAGUGUGCCCAUGAUGACCCCUGUCAUCAUGGGGACUUGAGCAUCAGAACCGUACCGUGGAGCAUUAGAAGAAGGUUGCCUGAUGACUCAUGUUUUCUUUUAGAGCCUGUGUUUGGCCAUGUUUGUUAUUUACCUGGGGAAAAGAUGCCAGCAGGGUGCACUGUGGGAAGAAGGUUGACCAGCAAAGGCAAUGCUCUGCUGGGUAUCUUUGAGUCCUGGCAUUUAUGUAAAUGUUACUUUGACAUGUAUCAUCUACGAAGAGACCACGUACACCCCUUCAUGGAAAUGGUGUUCCCUGCUAACAGUGGCUUUUUCAGCAGGAUAAUGCACCCUGCCACACUGCAAAACUUGUUCAGGAAUGGUUUGAGGAACACAACCUCCAUAUUCCCCAGAUCACAAUCUUUGUUGCUGGAACAACAAAUUCGACUCAUGGAGCCCCAACCUCGCAACUUACAGGACUUAAAGGAUAUGCUGCUAAUAUGUGACACAUAUCACAGACCAUGUUCAGAGGUAGACAUAUGCAAUUCGUUUCGGUCCGAAUAUGAAUUCGGACGAAUUUCGGGCAAUUCGGACAUUCGGGUACUUCCGAAUAGCCGAGGUCCCGAAAUUACCGAAUUUCCGAAGUGUCAAAGUGCCGCAGCACAGUAUUGCCUAAGUAAUAUACUUACCCAGUGGAAGAAGAAUAAUGUUACAAUGUAUACAAUUUUAAAUAAAAGUAAAGAUUACUUAGAAUUAGUAUAUACUGCGAGUAGGGGCAUGUCUAUUAAACAGUGAGCAGCCUGUGGCUGCUCACUGUAAAAAACAAAACAAAAACACGUCCCCCCCUCCUAGGUUCCGCGAAUGGGGGGCUUCUAACCUGAAGGGAGGACUUAUUGCCCCCCCCACCCCUGAACAGCGGGUGGGGGCCUUAAAGUAAAAUAAGGGGGGGGGGGGACCUAUUGUCCUCCCCCGGCCCCCACCCAUGAGCGGUGGGUGGGUGGGGGCCCUAAAUUAGAAUAAGGGGGGGAGGGGGUUUAAUCUUUUAUUUAGGGCCCCCACCCACCGCUCAGGGGUGAGGGCCAGGGGGAUGACAUUAGGCCCCCCCUUACUCUAAUUUAGGGCCCCCACCCACUGCUCAGGGGUCGGGGGGGAGGACAUUAGGUCCCCCCUAUUCUGAUUUAGGGCCCCCACCCGCCGUUCAGCGGUGGGGGCCAGGAGGGGGCAAUAGGUCUUUUAUUUUUUAUUUUUUUUAACAGUGAGCAGACACGGGCUGCUCACUGUUUAAUAGACAUUUUUACUUAGUAUUAGUAAAUUUGUCUGAAAGACCAAUUUAGGUCUUACAGCCUCUUGGUAGAUAAUUCCCUAAUACCGUGGGAAUUAGGGAGUUAUCUACUAAGCGGCUGCAAGAGAAGUGCCGAAGUCCCGAAUUUUGGAAUGCCGAACCGAACUGAAAAUUUUCCCCAUGCACAUUCCUAACAUUUACAAUAAAAAUACAUAUAUUUUUUAAAAAUUAUUUUUACAUUUUGUGAUUUAUUUUUAUUUUUUAUAAAAAUAUAUAUACACUAUAUAUAAUUAUAUAUAUUCGUGUGCAAUUUUACUUUAAGUGUAUUUUUAUAUUAAUAUAUGUACAUAUAUGUAUGUACAUAUUAAUAAAAAAAUAUUUAGUAUGACAUUAUAUUAGAUAUAUAGAUAGAAUAUGUGUGUGUAUAUAUUUUUUUUUUUUUUUUUACUUUUUUCACUAGCAGGGGCACUGCCUGUCAGUUCAGGCUGUCCCCUUGCUGUCAGCACUGUGGACAACUAUUGUUUUAGAGCGGUCCCAUGGCCCCUAGGGGUCCUAAUUUGCAGAGGGGGGCUGUCAGAUAGUCCCCCCAGUAGAGCAGAAGACUGAUCGCUGGCGGAGGAACGACGGCGAUUGGGUAAGUACAUGGGAGAGGGAGGGAGGGUUAAGUUUUUAUUUUAUUAUAUUUAUUUAACAUGUAUUUAUUUCUUCACUGACUGCCUCGACCCCUCGAGGCAUUCAGCACAGGCAGAGCAUCAGAAGCCUUGAAAAUAAAAAUAUUUAUACUCCAUCAUGGCAUUGAAGGGUUAAUGUGAGCAUUACCUUUUUUAUUCUUAGUUACACUGUAUCCAUCAACACUUAUAUAUUUUUUUUACAUUUCUGUAGAUGUGAGUUUUGUGGCUUCACCUGUAGACAGAAAGCCUCCUUGAAUUGGCACAUGAAGAAACACGAUGCAGAUGCUUUUUACCAGUUCCCAUGUGAUAUUUGUGGCCAGCGAUUUGAAAAGCGAGAUAACCUUGCAGCUCACAGGAGUCGUAAGCAUCCAGUUCUACAAGAAACAUCUCCCAUGAAGUCUGUCCAGAGUGAAUCUACCGCAGAAAUUCCUCAAGAGCCUGCACCCUGUUGUAAAGAUUCUCAAACAGACCCAGCAUCAAGAGAAAUAGAAAUGACUACUGCAGACACAAGUCAGGAAAUUGUAAAGGUCACUAUUUUCCCAGAGUGUGCUAAACCAGCAGAAAAUAUACAAGAAAAUAAAACGAAGGUGUCAGAAGUCAACAAAGAUGAGAUAUCACUUGUAAUUGUUUUAUAAAGUGACUGCUGUCAUUCAUACUUUAUUAUGCACUUACUUUUAAUAUAUUUUCUUGAUGAAUGUUUGUUAAAAUCCAAAUUAAAUGGAAAACAAGCAAAAAAAUACUAGUAUUUAUGUAUUCCCCCCCCCCUCCCCUCAAUUUCACUUGACAUACUUUUUGUAUUUAAGGCAAAAUUACAAUGCUCUCACCAGUCAGUUGGAUUUGUUUGGCUAUUUAUAAUGCAAAUAAAAAAAAAUCUAAAUUUGCUUAGCUACAAAAAAAAAUAAAAAAUCUAAAUACAGCAUUAAGUAAUAAUCUAUGUAAUGAGAAAUCAAGCAAUAUAGGUGUCAGGGCUGACCUAAUCCUAACACAUAAAUGUAAGUUAAAACAAGGUAACUAUGCGUCCAUAGAAUGGCUGGGGUAGCACUGAGAAAGACGUCUGUGUCUGAAUAAUUAACAAGCCGAGGUCAGGGAUAAUGUAGGUACACAGAAUCAAGAAACAAGUCAAGGUCUUUGUUACAGAGAACAAGAAUAGUCAAACAAGCCAAGGACAGAAAACAAAUAAUAAGUAUAAUACACUGCUCAAAAAAUAAAGGGAACACUUAAACAACACAAUGUAACUCUAAGUCAAUCACACUUCUGUGAAAUCAAACUGUCCAUUUAGGAAGCAACACUGAGUGACUAUCAAUUUCACAUGCUGUUGUGCAAAUGGGAUAGACAACAGGUGGAAAUUAUAGGCAAUUAGCAAGACACCCCCAAUAAAGGAGUGGUUCUGCAGGUGGUGACCACAGACCACUUCUCAGUUCCUAUGCUUCCUGGCUGAUGUUUUGAUCACUUUUAUUUAUUUAUAAAAUAUUUUACCAGGAAAGAUACAUUGAGAUUUCUCUUGUUUUCAAGUAUGUCCUGGGUCCACAAAUCAUUGCAUUGUUACAUUAGGGUGCAAUAAAAUACAAAACCAAUAUUAAUACUGGCGGUGCUUUCACUCUAGUGGUAGCAUGAGACAGAGUUUACAACCCACACAAGUGGCUCAGGUAGUGCAGCUCAUCCAGGAUGGCACAUCAAUGCGAGCUGUGGCAAGAAGGUUUGCUGUGUCAGUCAGCAUAGUGUCCAGAGCAUGGAGGCGCUACCAGGAGACAUCAGGAGAUGUGGAGGAGGCCGUAGGAGGGCAACAACCCAGCAGCAAGACCGCUACCUCCGCUUUGUGCAAGGAGGAGCACUGGCAGAGCCCUGCAAAAUGACCUCCAACAGGCCACAAAUGUGCAUGUGUCUGCUCAAACGGUCAGAAACAGACUCCAUGAGGGUGGUAUGAGGGCCGCACAGCCCAACACCGUGCAGGACGUUUGGCAUUUGCCAGAGAACACCAAGAUUAGCAAAUUCGCCACUGGCGACCUGUGAAAGCAGGUUCACACUGAGCACGUGACAGAGUCUGGAGACUCCGUGGAGAACGUUCUGCUGCCUGCAACAUCCUCCAGCAUGACCGGUUUGGCAGUGGGUCAGUAAUGGUGUGGGGUGGCAUUUCUUUGGGGGGCCGCACAGCCCUCCAUGUGCUUGCCAGAGGUAGCCUGACUGCCAUUAGGUACCGAGAUGAGAUCCUCAGACCCCUUGUGAGACCAUAUGCUGGUGCGGUUGGCCCUGGGUUCCUCAGUUUGCUCGUCAGAGGUAGCCUGACUGCCAUUAGGUACCGAGAUGAGAUACUUGUGAGACCAUAUGCUGGUGCGGUUGGCCCUGUGUUCCUCCUAAUGCAAGACAAUGCUAGACCUCAUGUGGCUGGAGUGUGUCAGCAGUUCCUGCAAGCCGAAGGCAUUGAUGCUAUGGACUGGCCAGCCCGUUCCCCAGACCUGAAUCCAAUUGAGCACAUCUGGGACAUCAUGUCUCGCUCCAUCCACCAACAGCCUGUCCAGGAGUUGGCAGAUGCUUUAGUCCAGGUCUGGGAGGAGAUCCCUCAGGAGACCAUCCGAAACCUCAUCAGGAGAAUGCACAGGCGUUGUAGGGAGGUCAUACAGGCACAUGGGGGCCACACACACUACUGAGCCUCAUUUUGACUUGUUUUAAGGACAUUAUAUCAAAGUUGGAUCAGCCUGUAGUGUGUUUUUCCACUUAAUUUUGAGUGUGACUCCAAAUCCAGACCUCCAUGGGUUGAAAAAUUUGCUUUCCAUUUUUUUAUUUUUGUGUGAUUUUGUUAUCAGCACAUUCAACUAUGUAAAGAACAAAGUAUUUCAGAAGAAUAUUUAAUUAAUUCAGCUCUAGGAUGUGUUAUUUUUGUGUUCCCUUUAUUUUUUUGAGCAGUGUAUAACGCACUAUCGGGUAUAUAGAAACCAGGACAGGGCAAUGAAAUAUGAACAACCAGAAAGUUAAAUAACCUAUACUGUGUAAUGAUUGGUUACAUUUAUUUGUAUUAUCAUAAGGAGAUGACAUGUCUUUAAAAAGCGCCAUUUGUAUCUUUAAAUAUAUAAAAGAGCAGAGUGUGAGGGUUCGGCAUCAUGUAUGACAUCUGGAUGAGACGUCACAACAUCAGGCCGCGUGUGGAGUGUCGAAGGCUGAAAUCUGAAGUUCUGGGUAUUGGGAACACGCAGUGCCACAGGGAGUGUGUGGCGCCACAAGGAGGUAAUGAGACAAUAGGUGCUUAAAGUAAACAUGAGUAUACCAGAUGCAGCACUAAUGUGAGUUUUAUUUCAACAACACCAGAUUCAAAUAUUGUAGUGAAAAAACCUUUGUAAUCAAAAGGAGAACUUAAUUACAUCCAGCAAAUACUCACCCUUUGCAUAUGGAUAGUGUCAGUAUUCAAUAGGACCCAAAAAGAAAACCAAAAUAAAUUACCGUAUAUACUCGCGGGUCUUACACUGUAAACAGAACGGAGGUGACAGAGGAGCUGCAGGAAGGUAAGUAAGAGCUAACUGCCAGCCCCCCCCACUGAACUGCCAAUGCCACUGGACCACCAGGGAUUAAUAUUAUUUUAUUUUAAUAAUAAUAUAAUAUUAUUAAAAUAAUAUUAUGUUAUAAUAUUUGCAUUAUUUUUUUUUUUUAAAUGUUUUUUGUCCCCC